UAAAAAAUCAUAUUCUACCUUUUUCUUGCAAAAUGUAAUUGAUCGAUACAUUUCCACAGAAACGAAUUAACGUAGUUGUACAAUCCAGUACCUAAACCUAUGGUAACCAUAGAAACAAACUCAUGAAAACAGUUGCAUAUCUCAAUAACUAUUUGUUGUAAAAAAAUAAAAAAAUAAAAUCAAAAUAAAAAAAAAUAUAUCAAACAUUGAAGUUUGAAAAUUUAUAUAAAAAUUUUAAUCAUCAUUAUUUAUCCCUAGGUUCUUAAGAUUAUGUGCAAGAUGCUGAGUUAGACAAAGAAAGAAUACGGUGAUCUAAUGUUUGCCUCUUUGUCUCCUAGAGUUCUACAAUUAUUUAACAGUGGAUACAUGUAGUCCAUUCUAUGUAUCGAUGGAAUAUUCUUUGGAAUUGACAGCUAUCUUCUCUUUGUUAUUAUAUGUACCAAGCUGAUAGAAGCACGAUUUGUUCUUCUGAGACUUGUAUCAUUUCCUUAUAUAGAAAUUUAGGGCACGAAGGCUUCAAAAUCAAUUAUCAUGGCCCGUGUAAUAAGUCAAGAAACUUAUAAUGAAGCUGUUAAUGAAAAUAUUGAAAUAUUUUCUAUGUCACCCGAGGAAGCUAUCGAAGAAACUGUAAAACAAUUUAACUCACAGGGAGUAGAUCUAAGCAAUAUUAUUAAAGAUUUAAUUAUAACGCAAGAUCAUGAUUUAAUAUUGACUUACCUAGAUCAACUUAGAUCUGCUCUGACCAAAAAACAUUAUGAAAAAAUUCCUCAUGUGUUGGAUAAGCUUUCUGUCCAAUUAGAUAAGGACAUUGCACGUAGAGUAUAUGCUGGAAAACGAGGUUGUUAUGGUAUUUUACUUAACAUUAUGAAAGAUUGCAAAUAUGAUACUUUGAUACUUAAAUCUGCGUUAGAAACUAUUACCUCGCUAAUGACUGGUAAUCCAGAUUUAUUAGAUGACAAAGGUGUUUCUAUUCAAAUGGAAAUUUUAGAUAAACAGGAGGACAAAUUGGUGUUACAAUGUUUGUUACGUUGGAUAAGAGCAUGUUGUAUCAAACACGAAGCAAACAGACAAAACAUAUUUAAUGCUGAUAUUUUUAAUAGACUUAAAAAGAUAUUAACUCGUGAUAAUGCGACAGCAUCGGAAGUACGAGAUGCAUGCUCCGUAAUUAGAGCACUUGUAUUAGACGAUGAUAUUAGACAUGAAUAUGGAAAAGCACAUGAACAUGCGACGGUUAUAGCAAGGGGUGCAUUGGAUGUACUUACUGGUUUAUUGUCCAGAUUCAAAAACGAGAAAGCGGUAAUGGGUGACCUGAUGAUCACACUGGCUUCGUUAAUCGUAAGAAAUGAAUUUUGUCAGGACGUGACAGAUGCGGGUGGCUUAAAAUUUGUUCUAGACAUUAUCAUUAAUUAUCCUGAUUCUGAGAAAUUAAAUUGGCAAGCUUUGAAAUUAUUAAAAGCUCUUGCUGGCAAUGACAAUGUGAAAUCGCACAUAGUGACUGCAGGAGGUGGACCUUUAAUAGUUUCUGUAAUCAGCAGAUUCAAGAAAUUUGAAGGUAUUGUUAUCGCUGGACUUGCAUGUAUCUCUGCGUUAACAUUAAGAAGCCCAUCAAACGCAGGAGUGUUUUAUGAUUGCGGAGCACCAAGAAUAAUCAUCGAUUGUAUGAAGUCCUAUCUUAAAAACUUAAACGUUUUAAAGCAAGCAGCUUGGGCAAUAAGAAAUAUGUCUGUAAGGAACAAAUUGGAAUGCAAAGAAUUUAUUGCUUAUGGCGUUGAAGAAAUAUUAAACAAUGCUCUAAAGAUACAUGGAACUAAAGGAGAAAGCGAUAUAAAGGCUGCUUUAAGAGACUUAGGAUUGAAGGUUGAAUUGAAAGAGAGAUGGACUGGCAAGGGUGCCAAAUUGAAUAGCGAAGCAGAAAAACGAGCUUCAUAAGAAUGAUAAUGUCUUCGAAGAAAUUUUAAAAAGGUUGCAAUUAAAUAACAAUCGAGAUUAUUACAUUUGUUCAAAUUUAUAUCUACUAACAAUAGUAUUUAACGUGACUGACAAAAAUUUGAACAUUUUGCAUUUAUGUAUUUCUUACGUCAAUUCUAUCUUUUGUAUAUUCUAUCUUGUUUAACACAUCUUUUUAACACUUGAUCACGACUUGUAUAUUAUAUUAAUAUAUAAUACAUUUUUAUAUUUAUUAUACGAAGUGUUGUUACGUGAAAACCUUUGGAAAUAUUUAAAAAAUGGUGGAUAGUGUGUUAAAAAGUAUGUUAAGUGGACUUGGCUGAUUACAAAUAUCUUUUAUCACGAAUAAUUAUAAAACAUUUGUAAAUUAAUUUCAUUUUUAAGUCUACAAAGGAAUACACCAAUUCAUGCCAAGUACACAAACAGAAAUUUUAAAUGUACAACUAAUACCGAUCUUAUUGUGUCAGUCUGAUACUCUCCUUUUAAUCCCUUGCAUAAUACCUUUAUGUGUUGAUCAUUAUCACGAUCCAUAUCACGAAAAUGUAGAGAAAAACUUGAUCUUGUUAUAAUUAAACAAACAAUGUAUACAGAAAA